AGUAUUUUUGUCGUUAUCCCACACUGGUGGUUGGUGAUUCAGAUCCAAAGAAUAAGCAACAUUAUUUUUCCUCUGUUUAUGGGCCUUGUGCAUACGGAACUCGUGGAAUUCGCAUAAAAAAGUCCAACUGGAAGAUGACCUCGUACGUGCGCGCCAUGUACGACUUCAGCGGCGAGCCGGGCUCCUCGGAGCUGUCGAUCGCUGCUGGUGAUGUGCUCUCGGUAACGCGCAGCGAUGUGGGCGAGGGCUGGUGGGAGGGAAAGAACGCCCGUGGCCAGAUUGGGCUCUUCCCCGCCGCCUACGUGGAGGUAAUGUCUGCGGCGGAGGCCCAAAAGCUGAACGCCAGUGGCGCCGCUGCGGUUCCCCAAGUGCCUGAUCCGUUUGCCUCACCGCCACUGCCUCGCUACGAUCAGACCGCAGACGAUGAUGGUAGCAACUGGGACGAUGAGGACGACUGGAGCGAUGACAACGAAACAUACUCGGAAAUCGGUCCAGGACAAAAGAACGCGGGUCAAACAGCACGAGCCAGUGGCAUGUCCCACUCUACUAGUGACUAUGACAACAAGCAUCUACCUAUCGCGCCCAACAAUGACGACGCCCAAUCACUGGCCUCCGUCUCUGGAGCCGGAGCAUCAGGCACCGUCAAAAAGGGCAUGUUCGCCAAGAGCUCCGACUCUUAUAUCCUCGGUCUGUCCAGCACCAAGGAGAAGAUACCCGAGUGUGAGCUCGCCUACAUUACUCAGGUGGAGGAUCUACCGAUCUACCAGUGGACGCAGAACCACUCGCCCUAUUCAGUUGUGGUUGCCAGUCCCAAGAAGGAGUCCAAGUUCAAGGGGAUGAAGACGUUCAUAGCCUACCAGCUGACGCCUAGUUUCAACAACAUAUCCGUGUCGCGUCGCUACAAGCACUUUGACUGGCUGCACGAGCGACUGGUGGACAAGUUCUGUUUGAUUCCAGUGCCACCGCUACCGGAUAAGCAGAUCUCUGGGCGCUAUGAAGAGCAGUUUGUGGAGCAUCGGCGCGUCCAGCUGCAGGAGUUCGUGGACUGGGUGUGUCGCCAUCCGGUUAUCUCCAAGUGCGAGGUCUGGUAUCAUUUCCUCACCUGCCGCGAUGAAAAGAUCUGGAAGUCGGGCAAGCGCAAGGCGGAGCGUGAUCCCUACAUGGGUGUCAACUACUGCUUGGCCAUCUCGCCUCCGGACAAGAAUCUACUGCACUCCAAGGUGGACGCCCAGCUGGAUAGCGGUGUGCAGUUCAUUCACAGCAUGGACGUAGCCGUUCGCAAUUUAAAUAACAUUUCCAACGACAUGGCCAAGCGCUCGAUGACGCAGAGUAAAAAGGAAUUCCAGCGCAUCGGCGAUGGACUCUCCGAUCUGGCCAAGGCUCUGGCCAUUGACGAGAGGCGAGCACCCACCAGGAACGCUGUUCCGCUGUCGGAGAGCGUAGGCCGCAUCGGUGGAAUUUUCAUAGGUAUUGGCCAAGCCUUUGGCGACCAGCCAAAGUUCGAUUGGAUUCCACUUUCCGAUCGACUGCAUAUCUACAGGGGGGUUCUCAGCUGCUUUCCGGACAUCUUCUCCACCCACAAGGGCGCAAUUCAGAAGCGCAAGGACUGCGAACGAUCAACUGCUGAGGGCAAGAUGAACAACGCCCAGAUGCAGGACGUGAAUCGGCGCACCGACAUUGUCUCCUACACGGUGCUGGCAGAGCUGAGUCACUUCAAGAGCGAGCGGGAUACACAUCUGAAGCAUACGCUGAAGAACUUUAUUGCCGAGCAGAUCAAGUUCUAUCAGGGCGUGGUGGCGCGUCUGCAAGAGGCCAGCCGUCAGAUCGAGUAGAUCUCAUUACUGGAUCGGAACGGGAGCCAGCCGAGAGCACAAAGCAACAAAGGAACCACACACACACACACAACCACUUCCACAGAUACAAACAUUCGCACGCGUGCAUUUCAAAUGCUUUAGAUGGGAGCUCCUACUUUAAGCGUGGAUAUAACUAAAUGCUAAGCAAAAUGUGUAAACAUAACUGUUAAGAAACAAAAGUUGCGUAUUUAUACAGAAAUUAACUUUUAUAUAUGCCUAUUAUACAUAUACACUGGAAAUUGAAAAGCCAA